GACCCGACCCGAGUCACCAAGAGAGCAUUUGUCAGUUUAAUGGCGUUGAUAUUGUGCUAAACUGAUAGGAUUUUAUUAAAUGUCUCUACAAGCAGAGUAUCGAGCUGUGGUAAUUUUAUAUUCAUUUAUUUAUGUAUUUAUGUUUUGCCUUGGUUACGUCAACUUCGUUUCAGAACGUUAUGAUUUGCUUGGCUAUAGCAGUCAAUGCUGUCCGAAGCGAGUAUUUCAAGAGCUCCAUCUGCAGCGAAUGACAGCAAGGAAGGAUGGCAGAUGCUGGGAACCAGUCAUGUCGGAUGCUGGCAGAGGACACCUUCAGCUUCUUGGUGUGCGUCUUUCAUGCCUGGGAGGAAUGGGUGGGCCUCGGUCAGGUGGAGGACUACCUGAGUUUUUUGGAAUACUUAUUGUGGGUCUUCACCCCUCUAGCAAUUGUCUUUAUCCUGCCUUUUCUCAUCGUCAUCCUCCUUUACCUCUCGAUACUUUUUCUUCAUGUCUACAAGAGGAAGAACCAGUUGAGGGAGGCAUAUUGCAACAACCUUUGGGACGGCGCCAGAAAGACUCUGGCAACUCUAUGGGAUGGACAUGGAUCGAUAUGGCACGGCUAUGAGAUCCAUGGGAUGGACAAGAUCCCUGACAAAGGAGCAGCACUGAUAGUGUACUAUCACGGAGCCAUUCCCAUAGAUUACUACUACUUCUUAGCCAAUGUCAUUAUCCAGAAAGGACGAACCUGUCACUCUGUUGCUGACCACUUCCUUUUCAAAAUACCAGGUUUCAAGUUACUGUUGGAAGUGUUCAGUGUGAUGCAUGGUCCCCAGGAAGAGUGUGUACAGGCACUGAAGAAUGGCCACCUGUUGGGGAUCUCUCCUGGAGGCGUGAGGGAGGCUUUGUUCAGUGAUGAGACAUAUCCUCUUCUUUGGGGCAAACGUAAAGGCUUUGCCCAGGUUGCCAUCGACUCUAAGGUGGCCAUUAUUCCAAUGUUUACUCAAAAUGUCCGAGAAGGCUUCAGAUCUUUGGGAACACUGAGAUUUUUCCGUUGGCUAUAUGAGACAUUUCGUCUUCCUAUAGCUCCUGUUUAUGGCGGAUUCCCAGUGAAGUUCCGGACAUUCCUCGGCGAUCCAAUUCCCUAUGACCCGAACAUAACAGCUUCGGAGCUGGCAGAAAAGGUGAACCAGGCCGUCCAGUCCCUCAUCGACAAGCACCAGCAGAUCCCAGGCAACGUUCUGAGAGCUCUUUUGGAGAGAUUCCACACUAAAUAUAAAGCGGAAUAGCAACAGCACGUCCACAUACACAAACUAUCCCUUCAGAUGAGGAGAACAAAAAUGGGAUAUACGAGGUGUGUCCAAAAGACAGACAAGGCUGGGAAAGUGCACUUGACUCCAGGCGGGAAACUGAUAUAUCGCUUUUGACGUUCCGCAACUUUGCUGGCACACGUCGUAAACUUAAAGACGGCUUCUACGUGCGCGGUUUUUGUGACACAAACAGAUGACCGGUUCCCUCUUCGUACACGUUCUUUGGGUUACAAAGAUAAUGUGGUGGUGUUGCUCAAGAGUCAUUUUGUGCUUGGACUUGCUCCAAUUGAGUUUGAAGCAAAUUAGAAAAUGGAUUUUUUUGAAGAUGAAACAGUUGAGCAAGAGUUUGCUAAUCUCGGUCAAGUCAGUAACCUCGCUGCACUCACCGUGCGAACACUUCAUAUCAGAACUGUUGAUUUGAGCGCUCUCAAGAUGACUUUGCAAAUGUUUACAGCAUUAGACAAAAGGCCUAAUGCAUUUAGUUAUGACCCAUUGACACCUAUUGAGGAUGGCCGCACGUUUGUUUUUGUUUUUUGAGAUUGCUAUUUUGUUGUGUAUUUGGAACAAAGACCUUUAAGUUAACAUAUCAUCAUUGAACUAUGUUUUUGACAGAUUCUGACUCAAUGUGUGUCAACACUAUGGAACUCCACCUUUUUUGUGGAAUGUUUUCUGGUAUGUAAAAUGGAAUUUGAAGGCCAUUCAUUGGAAUAGGCGAUGGUUGGAAAAUAUCAACUACUUCACAAUGCUAUGCGGAAAUGCAAUGGGCAUUAUUCAUGUCUUCAUUCAUUCUAACCAUUUUCCGUAGCACUUAUCGUCAGUCGGGUCGCAGACGUGGCGGAGCCUAUCCCAGCCGAGUCUGGGCGCCCCCCCGAACUGAGCCGAUCGCAGGGCACAUAUCAACAAACGGCCAUUCGCACCUAUGGGCAAUUUGGAGCGUUUUGGGGAUGUGGGAAGAAACCGGAGUAGCCAGAGAAAAGCUUUUCAGCUUUCCGGCUUUGUCACUGUAAUUUAUUUGAAAAUUGCACGUGUUUAUGCAAAUGUGCUGUUGUCUUGAAUGCUUUCAAGUUACAAAUUCAAGUCAAGUUCAAGGGAAAUGAGCCAUUUCCAUGGGUGUUUUAGUUUGAACUCCCCAUAGCAACGAUAUUUUAGAGAAGGUCCAGAAAUUCGAAUGACCUGAUUUCAGGCCUCUCGGUCUACAAAUGUCUGGAACUCCGGAUUGCGUGGACGAUUUGAAUUCAUAUUUCAUGCUUACUGAGGCACCAUAGAGACAUUAACCAUAACCAUAGCAUUUAGUUUGAAUUUUGGUGUCAUUGUUAACGGUUGUUCCAUGACUCUGGGGAACGACUUGGGAAUAGACUUUCACCUUCGCUGCCCAUAAACCAUCAGUGUCCUUGCAUAAAACCGAAAUAUUGAACGAGUUCUCCCUAACGCUGCGCACGUGCGCCAUUUGGAAGGUGCAUGUUGUGUAAUAGCAGAAUCUAAUCUUAACCGCAUCAUUCCUAGAUCUCGAUUGCUUUGAAGUAUUUUUUUUUAAAAUGUUCUGAACAGAUUUCCCCCCCUCCCUUAAUUGUCCACAUCGUGGUUGAGAUGCAGUGUGAUGCAGUAUGACUUUUCUGUGCAUGUAAACAUAUUUGCAUGUAUGUACUAAUGAUUCAACUGAUGAUUUCUUUCACAAAAAAGCUUUGGCAUUGUGCUGCCAACUCCGAUUUCUUUUGUUGAAUGAUUGUAACUCGUUUUAAGUGAUUGUUUUAUCACUGUGUAAUGGCUGCCUUUCAUAUGUAUAUGAGUAGCCUGAUUUUAAAUGAGACGAUCGAAAUAGGGCUCUUUUAAAUUUGAAUAAAUCUAUUUUUUUGAA